CGUUAAAAAGAAAACAACACUCGAUAUAUAUUAUUGGACGGGGAAGCAAAAACACAAGUUGGCUUCAAAUGCUAUAUAAAAAUCAAGAAGCCAAAGCAAAGAAUCAAGAAAAUGGAAGAAGCAGCAGCAGCGAGAGUGAAAUCAAUUUACGUGUACCCAAUUAAAUCAUGUCGCGGCAUCUCUGUUCCUCAGGCACCCCUCACUCCUACAGGUUUUCGCUGGGAUCGACAAUGGUUGGUUGUCAAUUCCAAUGGAAGGGCAUAUACCCAAAGGGUUGCACCAAAGCUAGCUCUUGUAGAUGUUGAGCUUCCUACUGAUGCUUUUGCUGAGGGGUGGAAACCUACCAACAACUCAUUUAUGGUGCUGAAGGCCCCUGAGAUGGCUGAACUGAAAAUUUCAUUGAGUAAACCAAAUGGAACAGCUGAUGGUGUGUCAGUGUGGGAAUGGUCUGGUUCUGCCUUAGAUGAGGGAGCUGAAGCAUCAAAAUGGUUCUCUGAUUAUCUUGGCAAAGCCAGUCGAUUGGUGCGCUUUAAUGAAGAAUCGCAGUCUAGAAUGGUAGAUCCUAAUUACGCUCCUGGACACAAGGUUAUGUUCUCUGACGGGUACCCUUUCCUGUUACUAUCCCAGGGAUCAGUGGAUGCAUUAAAUAAGCUUCUGAAGCAACCUGUACCUGUCAAUCGCUUUAGACCCAAUAUUUUCGUUGAUGGUUGUGAUCCAUAUUCUGAGGACCUAUGGAAAGAGAUGACGAUAAACAAGUUCGAAUUCCAUGGUGUGAAGCUAUGCUCUCGCUGUAAGGUGCCUACAAUCAACCAGGAUAAUGGGACAGCAGGCCCUGAGCCAACUGAAACUCUAAUGACUUACCGGUCAGAUAAAGUGCUGCGUCCAGCUCAGAAAUCACAAGGGAAGGUUUACUUUGGACAAAACCUGGUUUGUAAAGAGUUCAAUACUGAAGGCAAGAGAAUGUCGAUUAAAGUUGGAGAUCCUGUUUAUGUCCACAAGUUAUUUUCUUCAUGUGCAGAUGCAGCAGCUUGAGUUUAUAAGAUUAUGCUUCUUUUUUUCAAUGAACAAAGACCUUACUAGAAAUGUAGCCUUUCCGCUGGGCCUUUUUAUAUCAUAAAAAAUUAUAUAGAAACAAUGCAUCGAUAUUAAUUGAAAAACUUUCAGAUUCUA